AUGCCUCCCAAGCGCAAAGCUGCGUCGACAGCGACAGCGAUCAAGACGGCGCGCCAGUCCAAGCUGGCCAAGGAGAACAACAUCACGGCCCAGGAAGAGGCCGAGAUCCGCGAGGCCUUUAGCCUGUUCUCCGAGCCGAUGGAUGGCGAGAAGCAGGGCGUGCUGCCUAUUGGCGAUCUGCGCCGAGCGAUGAUCGCCCUCGGUAUCCCUCCCAGCAGCCAGACGGAGCUGUCCGAAUUUGUAUCCAUCCUCGACCCCGACGACGAGGGCUUCGCCGUCUACGCGCCCUUUGUGGCCAUAUGCGCCCUCAAGAUGCACCAGCGCGCCCAGUCGUCCGAUGCGCACCUGCAGGAGGUCGACGAGGCCUUCCGUCUCUUUACGGCCGGCAGCGGGUCCGGCGCCAGCAUCACCAUGACGCACCUGCGCCGCAUCGCGGCCAUGCUGAAGGAGGACGUCAGCGACGACCUGCUGCGCGACAUGAUCCUCGAGGCCAACGGCGGCGCCACCGGCGUCGCUCAAGGCGUCGACCGCGACGCUUUUGAGAGCGUCAUGCGGCGGGCUGGUGUGUGGCGAUGA